AAAUAUAAUGGGCUUGACCCAUAUGUGAGAGAUAACGGGUUUAAUCCAUAUCUGCACAAAUCGUGUGUAGCAACAGAACUGUGCGCGCGAGUAAAAGAAAAGACAGCAUUCGUGGAAAAGACAAGAAGAAAAGGAAGAAGAUCGACAGAAGAAACUGAGGCAAACAUGAAGAUGGUUAACUCCUUCAACCUCAAGAAAGCUGCAGCUGGACUUAGACGCAUUAAUCUUGAUGGUCUUCGGUGGCGGGUUUUUGAUGCCAAGGGCCAGAUUCUUGGGAGGUUAGCAUCUCAAAUUGCUACUGUAGUUCAAGGAAAGGACAAGCCAACUUAUACUCCUAAUCGUGAUGAUGGAGAUAUGUGCAUUGUGCUUAAUGCCAAGGAUAUUUGUGUGACUGGAAGAAAACUUACAGACAAGAUCUACUACUGGCAUACAGGGUAUGUGGGCAACCUUAAGCAAAGAACUCUGAAGGAUCAGAUGGCAAAAGACCCUACAGACGUUAUUCGCAAAGCUGUUCUACGCAUGCUGCCUAGAAACAAACUGCGUGAUGAUAGGGAUCGAAAAUUAAGGAUCUUUCCUGGCAGUGAGCACCCUUUUGGUGAUCGGCCACUUGAACCUUAUGUGAUGCCUCCUAGGACCGUACGAGAAAUGCGACCACGAGCAAGGCGUGCAAUGAUUCGAGCACAGAAAAAGGCAGAGCAGCAGCAAGUGAAUGCUGAGCAGCGGCAACAGAUUACUGAUGAAAUGAAGAAUGGCAAAAAGGGCGAAGCACAAGAAGAGAGUGCCUGAAAAUGUUAUUUGCUCAUUGGGGAUUGUUCUGACCUAUGAGUUAUCAUUUGAAUGAGAUGUGGCCUCCUAGUCUUUAUCUGUUUGCUUUUAGCAAAUCCUAUAAUGUCAUUGAAUUGUGUUUGAAUUCUUGUUUAAGUUGUCCAAGUAAGAGCAUAGUUAAGAAGAAACUGUUCAAUACACAAUCUUGCAUCUUUUUGUGAUAAUGCUUCAAGUUCGAGUUAUGGCAUUCUAAAGGUACAUUUGGCAAUUGGCAUCAAUUUAUUUAUUUAUUUGA